AUGACUCUUCUCAGUAGUUCUAUGGAUCUUCGGAGCAAGAACAGCACCAGAUUCAAGGAGCUGCUUGCUGAAGCCCAGUUGGAGGCUGGGCAUGAUUACUUGGAGACCAUGGACUUUGGAGACGAGAUUGACGAUGGCAGAGAUGAGUUUGCUGAGGACAAGCCUGUGGGUGGCCCCCUUCUGUCUAAAUUUUUCAAGACAUGCUCUCAAGAAUGGGAGCCUCGUGUACGCAGGCGCAUUGAUGUGCGGACCCAAACACAAUGUCGCCAGCAUGCCAAUGCUGUUUGGAAGGAGCAGAUGCCCAUCCUUGUCAAUGGUUACUUGGCAUGGAGACAUAGAGUGCCAACCAUUGAUGACAAUACCAUUGUGUCUAAUAUAUUCCAUGUUGAUGCUGUUGGAAUUUCCGGUUUUGCACGUGCUAUCACCAUUCAACAGCGUCCUAAUGAACCAGCGAAUGCAGCUCUCCUCCGCAUAGGACUUUUGGGGUGCUCCCCACUACAACUGACUAUCGCUAUUCGCAUCGAGUGCCUCGAACUCUAUCACCAAAUACAACGAUGUCAGUCCUCAUUUGGUAUCCAAGCAAUUACAAAGGUUUUGUGCACACUUCAUAAUAUUACAUAUUUUCGACAGCUUUGCGAUCAAUUUUCUGAUGCAUUUGAUAUCUAUCUGCAAAUCUUGCAGGAAAUUCGGGGUCGCAUUGACUGGAUCUUGGGCAAAGAUCCCAAUACCUGGCAGAUCAAUGGUACUUGUCCUUCCUGCACAUUCAAGCAACCUAAUGAGUCAAUCCUGUCACCAGCUUGGCUUUACGCGAUGGAUGGCAAUUUCUCUGCAAAGCGAUUGGAAAGCUCAGGAUCAGCUGAUCCGCGACUAUCUCAGAGCCGAUAUUUUAUUUCUGAGGCCAAGGUAGACCAAUUCAAGGAUGAUGUUCAACGUCGAACUACCUCCACGGUAGACUCAACAAUAUCGAGUGCUUGCACAGAGAACUGGACUGCAGCCAAAGCUGUGGAUGACAAUAAAAUUACUGUGUUUGACCAGACUGGGAUUUUUCUUUUAGCAUGUCGUCAUGGGCUCAUUGAGUGUGUAGCUGAGAUGAAGUGUGGUGGUGAACUUGCAAAAUAUGGUCUCGCCACAGUCAAUAGACUGCUUGAUGUUGUUGUAAAUGCCUUCCACAGCUUUUCUCAUGACCGCCGCUGUCAGCUUCAAAAUCACCCUUUAUAUCUCAAUGGCCUAGGACUUGAAGACCUCGAGACUUGUGAAUGCAUCUUCGCUAGUUCAAACAGUGCUGCAGUCUUGAUCAGACAUGCGUCAUACUUCCAUUGGAUGCAGUUCCUUGACCUCCACUUCGAUCAGUGGGACAUGGACAGGUACUUUGACCUCGGCACAUUUCUGUACAAUAACUAUGUUCAAGCUCUUCAGAUCAUCGAGACCAACACACCCAUCCUCGAGGAAUUCAAGCAGCUCCAUAAUCUUACAGAUGCAGACUUCAUAAGCUGGUGCAAUGAGGAGCAUGAUUACCUCAGUGAGGUUGCUACAGAACCUACUUCAGAUGCAAUCGCAGUGGCUUACGUUGAACAGCUUGAGAAGCUUCAAUAUGCGGAAGCAACGUAUGGCCAUCUCACUUCUGUACCUUUUCUGAUGUACACUCCUGCAAAUUUCACUCGCACCUCUGGGCUCAAUGCCACUGCUCGCAACAAUUCCAGAGCAUUCGAAUCUGAACAUGCAUCUGUGCUACACAAAUAUGAGCUGCAAUUGAAUGUUGUUGAAGACUUCGAGCAUCGUCACAGCAUUAUGGAGUGGUGGCUACCACAUGACCCAAAAUAUGUGCAAGCAGUUAGAUAUUCUCAGGAACGUCAAUUUAUUUGUUCGGUUGAGGAAUUGGAGGGCUUAGUUGUUUGGCGUCUUUUUGAGUUAUCAAAGGCUAAUCUUGCCGGCACUGGCUACAAGAUGCGAAAACUUGCACCCUUACAAAAUCUACCACGUCCUGUACUCAACUAUUCCAAAAUUGUCAGAUAUGCAUCUCUUGGUGAAUUCUCGGUUCUGAAGCACUCACACCACAAUAUCCUUACAAAACCAUUGACUGUAUCUGCUAAUCGCAAGAUGGCCGCAAAGGAUUUCAAAUUGGUACAAUCACACGAAGAGAUUGUACAGCUCAAUGUUGAGAUCAAACACUUACAGAGUUGGGUUGAGCACGAGGACAGGACCAUGUUGGAAGCUAUUGAUUCACUCCUCGCUGAUGACCCAGAUUCUUCACUCAUAGCUGAGCUGAAGACAUUGUAUGCCAAGCACCACCGUAUCAACAACAACCAUCGCAAAUACACAGGUGAAUGUCUUCCUACAGACCACACGGUCAUUGCACCCAAUGGAGACAGAGAUGACGAGGGUAGCAUGAAUGGUCCUGAAGAUGAUGCUAUGAACGAGGAGGCCAUGAGACUUGAAGAUUUAAUGUUGCAUUCUUUGUAA